AUGGCAAAGCGGAUGGUAAUCCACGUGGGCGGCGAGUCCUGCUCCGAUGGUGCAGCUCCCUCCGUAGAGGGGAUUUGGAAGCGGCAGACUCAAGCCAGGAGGCCGCCGAACAGUGCGGCUUUGACAUAUAGAAAUCACCACAUAUCGUACGGCACCGGCUGGACGUCGGGCGUCCGGGCGACCGAGACGUUCACGUUCGGCUCGUCGCCGGCCUGCCAGGCCCGCGUCCCCGGCAUAACCUUCGGGUGCAGCAACGCGAGCAGCAGCGACUUCAGCGGCUCGUCGUCGGGGCUCGUCGGGCUGGGCAGGGGGCUCCUGUCGCUCGUCUCGCAGCUCGCCGCUGGCAGGUUCUCCUACUGCCUCACGCCGUUCCAGGACGCCAGCAGCACCAGCACGCUCCUCCUCGGGGAGGGGGCGGCGCUCGGCGGCGCCGGCGUCCGCUCCACGCCGUUCGUCGCCAGCCCGUCCAGGUUUCCCACGAGGGUGUUCUACUAUCUCAACCUGACCGGCAUAUCCCUCGGCACGAAGGUUCUAUCCAUCGCUCCAGACGCCUUCUCCAUCAAGGCCGACGGCACCGGCGGGAUCAUCAUCGACUCCGACACGACGAUCACAUCGCUUGAGGACGCGGUGUACCAGCAGAUCCGCGCCGCCGUGCUCUCGGUGGCGACGCUGCCCACGACAGACGGGUCGGCAGCAAUGGGGCUCGACCUGUGCUUCGCGCUGCCGUCCCCGACGUCGGCGCCGCCGGCCAUGCCGAGCAUGACGCUCCACUUCGACGGCGCCGACAUGGUGCUCCCCGCGGAGAGCUACAUGAUCUCCGACUCCGAGUCCGGCUUGUGGUGCCUGGCCAUGCAGAACCAGACCUACGGCGUGUCGAACAUUCUCGGCGUCUACCAGCAGCAGAAUAUGCACUUCCUCUUUGACGUCAGGAAGGAGACAUUGUCGUUUGCUCCGGCCAAGUGCAGCACGCUCUGA